UCGUCGGUGCAGAGCGUAGUGCGGGUAUUGAACCAAAACUCAAAGUGGAAUAAAUUGGGGAAAACUGACUGACAGACCUGUCUGUUCUUGUAGGAAAGCAGAAAACUGACAGAAUAGGUGGACGACCACCACGAUGAAGCAGUUUCUGCAGCACAAAGGCUGAGCUGAGCCCAAAGUCCCUGCCCAGGAUGGACAGCUUUUUCAAAGCAGCUGUGUGUGACCUGGAUAAACUGCUGGAUGACUUUGAGCAGAACACAGAGGAACUUGACUGCAGAUCUACAAGGUCGACGCCCUCUACCUCAAUUUACCCAGGCCCCUCCCUCUACCCAAGCUCCUCCCUUGACCCUCAGUGCUUUGCUCCGGAACCAUCUGCAGUUCAUGAAGCUCUUCCUGAUGUCAACAACCUGCAUUAUAGUUCCUCUGCGAAGUGCUCUGAUUCUGCAUCAAGCUACAGCCUUUACCAGAGAGACUAUGAGGUGAAAGGGAGGCCUCUGACAGGCGUGGACCUCCUGUCUUCUGUGGACAGUCGAGCAGCUAAAAGCACAGCACCACCUUGUCCAGACAGGACCCUCAAGCCUGUGUGUGACCUAGUGAGCGAUACAGGAUCUGCCAUUCUUCUUCGAGCCAAUAGCCAUGACGCCUUUAAGGAGCUAGAUAUUGUUGAGAAGCAAUUAGAGGAAGAACUUCUGGUGGACUUUGACUCUCCUGUUGUUUCUCUGCCAGGGGAAGUGUUGCAAGCUGGUCAUGUGGAGUUACUGGAACAAGAAUCCUGUGACCACCUUGAAGUUGGAGGGCAUUUGGCUUCUCUGAGCCUGUUGGAUAUUAUUUUGCCAGCUGUUGCAGAGAGCCCCUGUGAGCCUCAAGGAACGGCUUCACUGAGCAGCUCUGAAACUCUGGAAUCUUUAGCCAAAGAGGAUGAGGAGGUUCUCCAGAAUGAGGAAUACCCUGCAGACACACACAGCUCCAAAGGGUAUGCUGAGCUUUCUUGCGUCAUGGACAGUGAGGUUGUGGUUUCUCCAGUUUCUGAUAUAAGUGGGGAUGAUGUGGAGAAGGACACUGAAAACCAAAUGUCAGAUGGGACAGUGGCAACAGAGACUGGAGAAUGGAAUGCCAACGAACUGGAGCAGGACCCCGAAAGACAACCCGACGCCACGGACACUCAGGCUCUCAGCUCAUCUCUGCAGGAUGACACGACUCUUGCCUUCAGUCCAUCGGAAGAGACAGAGUCCUCUCUUUCCUGUCUCCCUAUUGCUGUGUCCAUGUGCGGAUCUCUUGUCUCUUCUCUGGACUCUGUGGAGAGGAUGACAUCAGGGGUUGAGGAAGAGGCAGAGGUUGAGUCUUCUGCCUCUGAAGUGGUGGAAGCCUCCUCUGAACGUGAUGAUCAACAAAAUACUCUACCAUUGGAUGAAACAGUGAACCAUGUGGAUGACGUCAGCCUCAAUGCUGCCUCCGACAGUGACACAGCUCGGUCAGAGAUGAGGCCAUUCUCAGACGGCCUUAUGACCCAGGCCUGUUCUGAGACAUCAAAGGCCAGCUCAUGUCCAGAGAAAGAUCUGGACUUGGGAAGCCUUGCAGAGGGAACCCGAUCUCCGUCCACAUGCGCGAGCCCAGGAACCCCUCCGGAGUUUGCGUUCGUGGAUGACUUCAUCCCUGACAGCGAGCAAGGCGUCAUGCUUGUGACGGACGAGGAGCUAGAUGCCUUUUUGAUGGAGCAGAGCAAGAGGGACUCCAUUGGGGGAACCUCGGAGAAAUCCACAGAUGAGGGCUUUUCUGAACUGAAUGGAGACCUGGAGGGACACAAUAUGCCUUUCCAAGAUGGUUUAACAGAUGGUGACUUUGAGAAUAGCAUCAGGGGUAAAGCCGAUGGACUUGCCUCUCCAGAAAGUGACGGAAUGCCUCCAUCGGUGGAGGAGAGUGACAAUUCAAACCUUUCCACUCCAUCUCAGGACAACAGCCCUUGUUGGGUGGAUCCCGUUAACACAGCUGGCCAAGAGGUAUCCCACAGCACUGCUGUGGGCCAGUCCACCUUCAGUACAAACCAACACCCAUGUUUCGGAGGGGCAAGGCCCAAGCAGCUCUGUGGCCAAGCUCCCAGAACUGUGCCAACUUUUGAGAACGAGGACUAUGAAAAGAGUGACAUGAAGGACAUACCUCAUGCUGGUGACAUAUUGGUAAACAACAUUCACUCCCCUCCAGCUUGUGCUGUUGGAGAAGUCCCCAACCGCUGUGUGACUGGUACUGGAUAUCCUUAUCCAGAAGGCCAUGAGAACAGUAUUGGUUACAGUGAAAUGUCUGAGCCUCCACCUUACCCAGAGGACACUGGGAGGGAACGUGCCAGUUCCUUGGAUGAUCAGUUAGUGAGGGAGGCCGACAGUUUGGGGUCAAGGCAGCCCCCAUGGGUGCCUGAUUCUGAGGCUCCCAACUGCAUGAACUGCCUUCAGAAGUUCACCUUCACCAAGAGGCGACACCACUGCCGGGCAUGUGGCAAGGUGUACUGUACUGUUUGCUGUAACCGGAAAUGCAGGCUGAAGUAUCUGGACAAGGAAGCCAGAGUGUGUGUCGUCUGCUAUGAGACAAUUCAGAGAGCCCAGGCCCUGGAGAGGAUGAUGAGCCCGACGGGCCCCAGCCCGAACCCCAACAUCCCGUCAGAGUACUGCUCCACCAUCCCGCCCAUGCAGCAGGCCCGGGCCGCCGGGACCCUCAACUCGCCCCCGCCCACCGUCAUGGUGCCCGUCUCCGUCCUCAAGCACCCCGGCAACGAGGGGGGGUUCCCGCGGGAGCAGAAGCGCGUGUGGUUCGCCGAUGGGAUUCUGCCCAAUGGCGAAGUGGCGGACACCACCAAACUGUCCGUGGGGGGCAGGAGAACGUCCCAGGAGUCGAGCCCCAUCACUCCUGACCCCCCAACGGUAAAAGGCAACAGAGGGGGGGUACCAGAGGAUUACGCAGAGGUGGAGGGAGCGCAGGGGGCAGAGGGUGCCCCGGACGGGCCUGCAGCGCCCCCUGAGGGCCCAGGCGAGGUGAGCCGCCCGGCAGUCAGCGGGCCCUGGGACUACGGCCUGCUGUGCAGCGUCGGGGACGGCGUGGACAGGAGCGUGAGCCUGGUGCCCGAGGAUGAGGAGGGUCUGCCGCCCCUGCUCAUCACCACAGGGGAGGAAGACGGCGGAGAUGUGCUGGUGGAAGAACGUCCAGCCCCCAGCCAGAUCCUGCUACUGCUAGAGGAAGGAGGGCCCCGGCCUUUGACCUUUGUCCUCAAUGCUAACCUGCUGGUCAACAUCAAGCUGGUCACCUACUGCGAACAGAAGUGCUGGUGCUUCAGCUCGAAUGGUCUGCGUGGGGUGGGCCAGCCGGAGCUGGUGUUUGUCAUCCAGUGUCUCCCAGAGGAGGGCUCCCUGCCCAGAGACGUCUUCAGCCUCUAUGUCAGCAUCUACCAGGAUGCGCUCAAAGGGCAGUUUGUGGAGGACCUGGGCAACGUGACGUUCACGGAGGGCUUCCUGGGCAGCAAGGAACACGGCGGCUUCCUCUUCUUCUCGCCCACGUUUCAGCCCCUGGAGGGGCUCGCGCUGCCCCCCGCCCCGUUCCUCUGUGGGGUGCUUAUUCAGAAGCUGGAGGUCCCGUGGGCCAAGGUGUUCCCCCUUCGCCUGCUCCUCCGACUGGGGGCAGAGCACAGCGUGUACCCCAGCACGCUGGUGAGUGUGAGGUUCCGCAAGUCCUUGUUCCGGGAGACAGGACACACCAUCAUGAACCUGCUGGCUGACCUCAGAAACUACCAGUACAGCCUGCCGGUGGUGGAGGGCCUGCGGAUACACAUGGAGAUGGGCAACAGCUACAUCCACAUUCCCAGGGCCAGAUUCCAGGAGAUGCUGAAGGUGGUGAACGCGUCAAACGAGCACGUGAUCAGCGUGGGAGCCAGCUUCAGCGCAGAGGCCGACUCCCACCUGGUCUGCAUCCAAAACGAGGAAGGAAACUACCAGACCCAGGCCAACAGCACGCCGGGAAAGACCAGGAAAGUGACAGGGGCCAGCUUCGUGGUGUUCAACGGUGCCUUGAAGGCCUCUUCGGGGUUCAUCGCUAAAUCCAGCAUCGUUGAAGAUGGCUUGAUGGUCCAGAUCACGCCGGACACCAUGGAGGCCCUGCGGCAGGCUUUGCGGGACCAGCAGGACUUCCAGAUCCCCUGCGGGAAGGCCGACUCGAGCGAGGUCCGCGAGAACGUCAACGUGCGCUGGGUGGACUGGACGCCGGCUGUUAACGCAGGCGUGAAGAGUCCAGUGGAUGGAAAGUCCCUGGAGGGGGUGCCAAGCGUCCGUAUGCAGCUUGAGGGCGAGUUCGAGAUGGAGGGGAAGGUCAUCCAAUGCACAGAGGUGUUCUACCUGCUAAAGACUCCGGACUGCUCCCUCUCCGCCGUCCUGCCCUCCCACAGCCAGUUUCCACGGGAGAUCGCCACGGCAACCUGCGCCGCCCUCUGCCCACACCUCGCUGUCCUCAAGGCCAGCGGCAUGAACUGUCUCGGCCUCCGCGUCUCCACGGAUACGGACAUGGUGGAAUACCAGGCGGGUUCUGGGGGCUGCCUGCUGCCCCAGCGCUACAUGAACGCGCUGGACGGUGCCCUCAUCCCAGCCAUCCACGGGGGCGGCACCGGCGUCCCCCAGCAGCCCAUGGACGUGGAGUUCCUCUUCUACAUCACCGAGAACGUCAGCUGAGCUGCGUGAUUCCCCCCCCUCCCCCAUCCCAACCACGGGGGGACGGCCCUUGGCCCUCCACUGCACACGGGACAGGCGAAAGCCCUGCCCGCAAACUCACAGGAACCCGGGCGGGGAGCUCGGGUGCUAGCUUUGGAAAGCGGAGGGGCAGGGAGAAGCCCACGUCCCGUUUUCAGCUAGCAUCGGGAACGUUAGAACAUUAGGACUCUCAAGCUCAUUGGGGCAGGAUGCAGACAGAAAGAGCGUUGCCUGGCUGUUGCAUAUCUCAGUUCAGAGUGCGGCAGCUAAAAAUAGCGAUGGAGGACUUUGACAGCUCUGCCCUUGGACCAAUCGUAAACGAUGACGUGGGUGUUCUGAAAGCGCUUUGCUAAAAACUGAUCAGCUGCCAGUUUGCAGCUAGCCCUGUCUCUGUAUAUCAACAGCUUUAGUUUGUGAAGGGUGGUUUAAGUUCAGUGGUGGUGAAUACAGAAUGGAAGUGUGGGCUGAAAACGCAGGUUACCUAACCGAAAUCUUAACCAAGAUUUUGAAGCACUGCCCUCAAGGUUGAGAUGCGGGUGUCCCCUUCUGAAAUGUAUUUAAGGUUAUACAUUAUUAUUACAUUUUUUUUAUUUGAAAGUAAUGGUUUCAUAAUUUGGCUUUUUCAGGUACCUUUGCGUAAAACCAAUAAUUCUC